AACAAGUGUAUCUUAGUUAAUAAAAUCUUCAAAGAAAAUAAAUAUUAUUGAAUAAUUGAAAUAAAAAUAAUUUAUUAUAUGUUAAUAAUAAAAAAGAUCAAAGUUUUAUAUUGGUGGUGUUGAUAUAGUUAAGUUGGUUGGGUUAGGUUACGAGAUCGUUGUUCGUAUUAGUAUGGAAGAUGAAUUAGAAGAUCGUGUAUUAUAUCAAACAUAUCUAUCAUACAUGAAAUUAAUAUCAAAAAUAGGUGGUGGGAUCAAUUUAAAUACACAAAUUGGUCCCAUCAAUUAUGGUUUACAUAUAUUUCGACAUUAUAUUCUAAAACCAGAAAUGUUAGCAUUAGCGGGUGUUGUAUUUUUGGUAAUUAUGUAUUUACAGUUGGUUGAUGCUUGGAGUCGUACAUUAUUAGGACGAUUACAAUUAUCAUUCACCAAAGUAUCAAUGACUAAAGGGAAGAAGCUGCAAUUUUUUAGCGGUUCAAAUAUUGAUGGACAAAAACAAAGUUGGCAAUUGGAUACUGGUAAUAUCGCUGCAUAUGCAGUACAGGGACACCGUCCACGUAUGGAAGAUCGUUUCGUUGUUGUUGACAAUAUUAAAGACACAGGUGUUUCAUUAUUUGCUGUAUUUGAUGGUCAUGGUGGAGAAUUCGCUGCAAAUUAUGCUCAAGAGAAAUUAAUCGAAAACUUACGUAACAAAAUCUACGAGAUAAAAAAUUUAGUCAAAGAUAAAAAAUAUAUAAAGGAAACAAUUAUCAAAAAAGCUGACGAAGAGAAGGAAGAAAAAAAGGAUAAAGAAAAAGAAGAGAAAAAGGAUAAAGAAAAAUUAAUAUCAAAUACCACACAAAAAGAUAGACAAAAUAGUUUUCGUAGAACAAUAAGUACUGCAACAGAUGAUGGACCAAUGUAUAAAUUAGCACCAAAAUCUAGAAAUGUUACCGAUCCGGAAUUAUUACAGAAAAUAUUAAAUUUACGUCCAAUCACGAGAGAAGUUCAUCGAUCUUCUAGUCCAAAUCAUUAUAAUAACAAUAAUUAUACACCACCGCCAAUUGAAAGCUAUAUCGAUAGGAAUGGGAAAAUCAAUUAUGGAAAAUUAUUAACGGAUGAAGUAUUAGCGGCUGAUCGAUUGUUAGUGGAAGAUGCUAAAAAGAAUUUAGAUGUAGCGGGAACAACAGCAUUAAUAGCGUUAUUGGAAGGUACAAAAUUAAUAGUAGCCAAUGUUGGUGAUUCCCGUGGAGUAAUGUGCGAUAGUAAAGGAAACGCCAUUCCCUUGUCAUUCGAUCACAAACCACAACAAGUACGAGAACGUAACCGUAUAAAAGAAGCUGGUGGUUUCGUAACAUUUAAUGGUGUAUGGCGAGUUGCUGGUAUUUUAGCCACAUCUCGAGCACUCGGCGAUUAUCCAUUAAAAGAAAAGAAACUGGUGAUAGCUGAUCCAGAUAUUUUAACAUUUGAUCUAGCUGAUCAUAAACCAUCAUUUUUAAUAUUUGCAUCGGAUGGUCUAUGGGAUACAUUUUCAAAUGAAGAAGCGAUUGCAUUCAUAAAAGAACGGCUAAAUGAGCCACAUUAUGGUGCUAAAUCGAUAACAUUACAAUCAUAUUAUCGUGGCUCCUUAGAUAAUAUUACAGUUUUAGUUAUACAUUUUAAAGAAAAUGCAUUUCAUCAGUCGUCGUAAAUUUGAUAAUUUUUAUUUAAACAUAAUCUUAAUUCAGUAUUCUUUUUAUUUAUUUACUUAAGUUAGAAUUUUAUUGCGAUGAUAUGAGACGAAAAACAGACAAAAUAAAAUGCGCUAAAUCGAAAACUCCCGCUCAAAUGCAUUUCAGUUGGUUCAAUUACCACAAUAGAGUAUUUAUACAUGAAGGAAAGUUAUUAUCGAAAUAUUUCGUAAACAUGCGAAACCGUUUUAAGUUUUUUUUUUUUUUUUAUAUAUUUUGAUAAUAGUCUAUAUCUGUUUGUUAACUCAAAAGUAUUGUGGGCAGAAAAUAGGAAGAAAAGCAUUUUUUAUAAUUCGCAAACCAUUAACUCAAACCAAUUUUCUUAAAAUUAUGCAUUUUUUACAAGCAUUUGAUCGGUUUUCAUAUCGAUUUCAUGAUUAUUUCGAAAACAAUUGAAAUUUUUAAGCAUUCCUUUUUCAAUUAAACCUAUUUGUGUAUCUUCUGACAACAUCGUUUGGAUGCGAAGGUAUUUAAAUUUCUGGAGUAUUUGUAAAUACUCCGCUAUAAUCUGUCAAUCUCAUGCGAGUCACAAUUAAAUUCUACCUUAUUGACAUAUAUUCCGUCACAAAUAUUAUACAGAGAAUGAUUUUGAUAUAUACGAAGAUUUUCAUAAGUUUGAAUUUGAUCGUAUGCAGCUAUUCAAAAUCAAUAUCUGUAUAUUUUUAAUAUAUUUUGUACAGAUUUUUAAUAUAAAUGAUAAAAAAGAUUUGAAUUGAGUGGUAUAAAAAUACGACUUUGAUACUAAAAAUGUACGUUCUGUAAAUUAAAUAACAUUUUAAGGUCAUCCGCGCAUUAUCAGAUAUUUUUUAAACGAAAUUCUAACAGGUGCAGGAGAGCAUGAUUUACACUCAUUUUUCUGGAAAAAUAUUGAUGGUACGUUAGGAUUCUGAUUUGAGAAAAUUUAAGAUAUGCUUUUGAAUUAUUUUUAAUCGUAUUUCUGAUAUUGUACGGCCCUUAUAAAUUACUAGUCUUGUACUAAUCAAUUUUUAAUGAUAUAACGAAUUUUAUCGACUGAAAUGGGGUUAAACUACUUAUCAUUUACUUAUUUAUUAUAUUUAUUACAUGAAAAAUGCAACGAAAUAAUAUUUUUUAAAUGAUUUUGAAUUUUGUAUAAAAUCAAAUUUGGGAAUACGUCCUAAGCAAAAACCUGUUGCAAUUUAUAUUAAGCUAACAAUCAAAGUAUCCAAUGAAAGAAAAUUAUAUUUGAGGCACUGAGUGCAUUCAGUUGGUGGCAAAAAAAUAUGUUUGACUUAAUGAACUGCGCUUCCCCUCACAAACAAUCUACAACAAUCAUAGAUCGAAGACAGGUAAGAUUGUUCUUCAUUUUCUAAAUAUGCCUCGGAGGGAUCUGAAAAAUAUAUCAGUUUAGAUUAAAGAGUAAAUUAGCCAGGUUCACGCAUGGAUGGUUUUCUUUUAUGAUUUUCGAAACACAUGCGAUUUUAUCGAUUUUGUCAUGUUUACUGAAUGAAUUCUUUGUUAGAACCUAUCAUAGAAUAUUACUAAUAGCGAAAGAAUGUGGCUUCGUAAUCUGAGAAUAUCUUCUAUCUAGUUAAUAAUCGAUAUCCACUGAAUAAAUUUUCAUCAAGCAUACCUUAGAACCAUCCUGAAUUCAAUAAAAAGAAACAUAUUUAAAUCGUUUCCAUCAUUUGAAAGUUAAAUUCUAUCUAUACUCUAGUGUAAAUAACUUAUUGAAAUGCACUGGUUUCUAUUAUUGAUUUAAUUUCAUGGCGUUGGUUCAGAAUUAAGAAGAGUCAAGUUUUCCUCCCGCGGAACGUUAACAAAACCUUUUCAAAACACAAGAAUUUUUGUUUCGUUAAACAUACAUUAUAUUUGCAAACGUUUAAGUUUAUUAUCCUUGGUUCUUUUGGGCUCUACCAGGGCUCAUUUUAAGGGUAAAGUUGCUCGAGGUGCUGUCAAGACAAUCGUAAAUUCAAGACUAUUUGUGAAAUGAAGAAAAGACCAAUGUUUAUCCUGACACACGGCGCAUGUCACGAUUCUUUUAUAAAACUGUACUGAUCGGCAGAGAGUUUAAUGAUUUCUCUCCAAUUUGAUGUGCGUUACAUAGCAAGACGAUUUUUUGACUGAAUAAAUCAUAGAUAUUGUAAGAUUUAAGACUUCCAGAAAAUUAUUAAGAGUUUAUAAGUCUUUAAGAAAAUAAUUUUUGGGGUAUCAUACUCUUUUCACACGUUGCAUGAAAUAAAUUUAAAAAUUAUCAAAGAUAACAAAAUAACAUGCCUUCAAAUAUUGUGUAUUUUUAACGAAGCAGGAGUGUAUUAUCAUUAUUUGUUUCACAAUUUAUUAUCUUGAUUUGUUAACUAAAUAUAAGUUGCUACUUUGUGAAAUUUGCUGUUUGUAGUCAAAAAUUGACCAAAGCCAAAUAUGAAAUAAUAAAUGUCUGAUUGUAAAAGUACAAAUAUGUACAACCAAAAAAUAAACUAGAUAAUCAGUAACUAA